AUGAGAAAAACGGUUGGCCAUGGAGGAUUCGGAGACGUCUAUUGCGCUAAAUGGAAGGGUACUGUAGUGGCUGUUAAGAAACUGCGGGUCCAGAGAAUAUCGAAGACACGAUUACAAGAGUUUACUUCGGAAGUGCAAGUCUUCUGUGCACUCGACCAUCCUAAAAUUGUCAAGUUCAUUGGCGCCUGUUGUGUGACCCCGAACAUCGCUAUCGUCAUGGAGUUCAUGGAAAGCUGUCUGUUUCAAAUACUUCACAUGUCUGCAGAUUCGGAUGCCACCCUUACAGAAGACAGCAAGCUGAGCAUCGUUAUUCAGAUAUCCCGUGGACUAGCAUACUUGCACGAGAAAAACAUCGCUCAUUGUGACAUCAAGUCCCGGAACGUCUUGAUGGAUUCCAGGGAGGGUGGUUACGUGGCGAAGAUUACUGACUUCGGGCUUAGCAUGAUGAGAAAUAGUUCCGAUGCGCAUGAUCAGGUGCGAAACAUCGGAACCGCUCGUUAUUCUGCCCCUGAAGUACUUCGUGGCGAGCUGUUAGACCGCAAGGCUAUGAUGAGAGCCGAUGUUUACUCUCUUGGUCUUGUGGUGUUCGAGAUCAUCUCCGAAGAUGAACCAUUUGAUUCCCUAAAUGCCAAACAAAUAGAACGUUGUGUAGGAAAUGGAGAGGAAAGACCUGUGUUUGGAUCUGACAUAGAUAAAAAUUUAGAGGAAAACGUCAAAAUAUGUUGGAGCCGGAAUCCGUUCCUCCGACCUUCUGCACCAAGUUUUCGUGAUUCUGUUGAAAAGUGGGAGUCUCUCUUCAUGUGA